CGAGUACACAGACGACCGAACAGCCCGAGAGAGGGAGAUGGAGAGAAAUGAGGUCUGAAAAGGACCAGAUGACCGUGGGCAAGGAGAAAAGCGUCGUGGAGAUACAGUUUCGGGACAUCCCGAGAGAGCAGGAAAACAUUCCCGGUAACCUCAAGCAGAAAGAAGAGAAGAAAGAGGUGUUUACUAAGGUGGUGAUUCGAAGGCUUCCACCUAACCUGUCAAAGGACCAGCUGGAGGAGCAGCUCAGUCCGCUUCCAUCCUAUGACUAUUUUGAGUUCUUUCCAGCCGAUCAAAGUCUUUAUCCCCACCUGUUCUCCAGAGCAUAUAUCAAUUUUAAAAACACUGAUGAUAUCCUGCUCUUCAGGGACCGAUUUGAUGGCUAUGUCUUCAUUGACAACAAGGGCCAAGAAUACCCUGCCGUGGUGGAGUUUGCCCCCUUCCAGAAAAUCUCCAAGAAGAAGCUAAAAAAGAAAGAUGCCAAAGCCGGGAGCAUUGAAGAAGACCCAGAAUAUAGGCGGUUCUUGGAGAAUUACUCCUGUGAUGAGGAGAAGUCUAUGGCCAACCCUGAGACUCUGCUGGGAGAGAUAGAGGCCAAGACGAGAGAGCUCAUAGCCAAACGGACAACACCCCUGUUGGAGUACAUCAAAAACAAGAAAAUCGAGAAACAGAGGAUAAGAGAGGAGAAGAGAGAGGAGAGGAGAAGAAGAGAGCUCGAAAAGAAACGGCAAAGGGAGGAGGAGAAGAGGAAGCGGCGAGAGGAGGAGAGACGCAAACGAAAAGAGGCAGAGAAGCAAAAGAAGUUGUCUGAUAAAGACAUCAAAAUCAAGCUCCUGAAGAAGAGCGACAGGGACGAUGACGUGGAUUCAGACCGAAUGAAGGACAAAGGUGACAUUGGGGAGACGGACAGAUGCAAAUGGGAGAAAACUGGAGGACAAACCAAGUCCAAGGACCCCAAAGAGAAAGGGCAGCCUGAGAGUGACAAGGAGCAGAGGGAGCAGCAUAGCCGCAGACAGAGAGACAAGGAUCACCGUGGGAAAGACGAAGAGAGGAAACGACAGAGACACCACUACGAGUUUGACAAGUUCAUGCGCCGCAAAGACGAGACCAAAUGGGGGAAGGGCUACUGCCAGGACCGAGCUAAGAAAGAGGGGCACCAUCAUGGCUACUCUUACUGUCCGGACAGUGGAGACAAACUGGGAAAGGAGGACAGGGAGGACCUGGGUAACAGGAAGGAACGCCUCCGAAACAAGGUGAGCGAGAAGGACCGCCCGGCCAUGCAGCUCUAUCAGCCUGGCGCGCGCAACAGGAAGCGCAUGAGCUCCGCAGGUAAAGGCUACGACUGCAUCCCUGUGGGCCACUCCCCAGAGCCCGGGGGGGAGCAUUGCUAUGAGGCUGUCACCCUGGCAACGGGGCUGGAGAAGAGCUUUGAGAAGGGCUUUGAGAAAAGCUUUGAGAAAAGCUUUGAGAAAAGCAAAGAUGAACAGUGAGCAGUCUGGAUGUUUAUAGAAAAUACUAAUAAUUUAUUCAGCUUAGGUUGAUGGCGACAGAUUUGACAGGUUAUCAUUGAGCUUUUUAAAAAAUAAUAUACUCCAUUGAGGGAGGAAGGCACUUCAAAAGCAAACGGUCUUUUAGUCAUUUUCGUUUCAGUAUUAGAUGUAACUGAAUUCAGAGCUUUGAAUCUUGGGUAAGGUUUUUGUUUUGCUGGAGCAUGACAUUUUUAGUAAACACUAAAUAUUUUAACUGUCUCACUGUUUAGUAUUCUUGGAAUAAACCAUGUCGAAAAUAGUAAGAACAGGGGUAAACUAGGAAAGUGCAUCUCCGUCAGAUGUGUCUGCAACCACUGCUGUUAUGCUAGAAACCACAAUUGCCCACCGUUUAGACCGCAGUUGUAUCAGACGCAAAUUUCACUUGCACGCCUCACUUAACAGUUGUGCUCUAAUUUUAAUCUAUACAGCUGUCUGCACCGGCUCUGUGCAGCGAAACUGCAGUUCACUGUGUCACGCUUCAUGUUGACUAUAGAGAGGAGAAGUCCCGCCCCUUCCGGUGGACCCCAUGGGACCUUAUUUCGGAAAAAAUAUGAACUGCAGUCAACGUAGAGAGACACAAAUAUUUUUUUUUAUCCCAUUGGAAUUGCGCCGUUAAUCACACAUAUGAUGUUUGUAAAUUUAAAAUGAAUUUUUGACUACCGUUCAUAUUUUUUCCAAAAUAAGAUCCCAUAGUGGUUCACCGGAAGGGGCAGGAUUUCACCUCUCUAUUUAACCCUUCCUCUGAACAGAAACUGAAUCAGUCCUACUGUGUGUUUAUUUCCAUUAACUGUAAGCUCUUUUAGCCAAACAUACUGUAGGACUCCCACCGGCUGCUAACAGCUAACUAGCUCUCCUCCUACCAACAUAAGUAGACGUGCUACAUUGUAGUCAGUGCUCCGUUCAGUUUUUCAUUUACUGAGCGAUAGUUAUACAUACAUACAUACAUACAUACAAACAUACAUACAUACAUACAUACAUACAUACAUACAUUUCAGCCCAGUCGCACAGCAGUUUGUGAAAUAGUCCCGAAAUUGUAAUGUAUUGAUUCGUAUACAUAGACGCAAAUUUAAGUUUUUUAAAGCACGAAAUCAAUUCGUAUGUAAUCCACGUAAUUGUGAACCAGGAAGUAUAAAGAGCGGCGAACACUGUGCAGGGAGGACGUCAGGGUAGACAGGUGGGUCAAAAAGCAGAGGACUUUUGCCCAGGAGACCGGUGUUUGUGUCCCGUGUGAAACAACAAGUCAAAGUUGAUUUAUGUGCCACGUAACUAACCAAGUAGUUAUUGUCACGGAACUUUCGUACUGAAGUUACAGCACUUCACUUACAGCACUUCACUUACCCCGAUCUUUUCCUAAACCUAACUAAGUAGUUUUGUUGCCUAAGCCUAACCAAGUUGAUCUAUUCCUAAACCUAACCGAGUAGCGUCACAUGUUGUUGAAAGUCGUGAUGAGCGUCACGAAAAAAGGGGAAAUUCGUGACCAGGUACAUGAAUCAAAUAGAUUAAACUUUGUGACUAUUUCACAAACUGCUGUGAGACUGAGUUGGACAUACAUACAUGCAACUGUCUUACCUAUGAGCGUGCAGAUCAAGAGAGGAAAAAUGUGUAAUCCGUAGCAGAAACAAGAGUCCAAACCGAAGCAGUUGUUGAUCACUUGUGGCCUCUACUGGCCACCAAAAAGUUUUUCCUAGGGUGGUGAAGGUAUGACCCCACCCUACUCUGCCUCUGAUUGGCUAGUACUCGUUGCCUUUGUUGGGUUGGUUAGGUUUAGGCAUGAGGAGUGAGAUUGGUUAGCGUAAGAAUAUCAGGGUAAGCCAAUCAGAGGCAGAGUAGGGUGGGUCAUAUCUUUGCCAUCCUAGAAAAAAAAUGGCCUAUUGGCAGUUAAGAAAGGUGCGAAGUCAAUGAAAUGUGGUUUCAAAAACUGUGAAUCCCCGCAACCACGAGAGGUCCUUGAGCAUACAGUCAUAAAUGAGCACAAAGAAUAUUAUGCUGAUGGGUUCAGUAGUAUGCAAAUUAACCGUGGACAGACAGACACAUGCACACACACACAAACGAGUACAUAAUCUCCUGGCGGAGAUAUGAAUCAUAGUUACCUUUUUGACAGCACAACAGUCCAUAUCAGACAGUUUAGUGUCAUUCCUUUUGGUCAUCAUAUUUUUGAAAUGUGUCCCUGUAAGAGGCAGCUCACCGUGUUAUCCAUCAACAAUUUCCUGGUGAAACCACGACCUCAUCCUCCGCAACAGAUCUAGUUUCUAAGCCUUUGUAGACUCUGCUGAACCUGGAUGUUUUUAAUAAUCCUAUAGAUUUUAUUGAAAUGAAAAUAUAUUGUAAGUAGAAUUUACAAACAAUGGAUGUAGAAAAUUUCACAGAUGAAAUCCUGUUUGUAUUUUUGUGUGUAAAGGUGACCGAAUGAGAGGGGAGUUACUAUUGAUAAAGAGGAUAAGGUUUCACAGUUUUUUCCAAGUUUGAAUUACAUUUGGUCCAUCUUAUUCUGAGUUGUCAUCCAACACAGACAAGAUUUUUUUUUUUUUUUGUGAGCAAAGCUUUUUACAUGAUCACCCAUGAGCCAAGAAGAACACAUUCUCUACAUAUCUAUAAAGCAUUUCCUAAAAGUAAAGUUGCAAAGUAUGAAACCAAUGAAUGAAAACAAUUAUUUUUUUAUGCUGUGCAUUGUUUUCUAUUCAUUCUGUCAAGUAAAUGUAAAUUGAAAAUCCACAAAUAUUGGUAAAGUGUGUCUGUUGAACAACAUUUGUCUAUCAUACCUCUUGUAUCAUUUAGGGUUUUUCUUCUUUAAGUUGUGAGAAAAUAAAGCUCUUGUACCGUUAAA